AUGCAGACUGCUUCUACAAACUUUUGUGAAAGACUAUGCAAUAAGUCCAUCCGUGAAAUUUCCUUGCUACUAAAUAUUCCACAGUCAACUGUUAGUGGUAUUAUAACAAAGUGGAAGCAACUGGGAACAACAGUAACUCAGCCACAAAUUGGUAGGCCAUGUAUAUAAUGAUAGAGCGGGGUCAGUGCAUGCUAAAGCGAACAGUGCACAAAAGUCACCAACUGCCUGCAGGGUCAAUAGCUAAAAACCUCCAAACUUGGUGUGGCCUUCAGAUUAGCACAACAGAAUGUAGAAUGAUUCAUGGAAUGGGUUUUCAUUGUGGAGCAGCUGCAUCCAAGCCUUACAUUACCAAGUGCAAUGCAAAGCAUCGGAUGCAGUGGUGUAAAGCACACUGCCACUGGACUCGA